AUGGCUGUGUCGACGUGCACCUCCGAGACGGCGACGGGCAAGCACGUGUUCAGGAUCGCCGACUACCAUAUACGCAAGGGUUUGGGCGUCGGCGAGUACAUACAGUCCGCCACCUUCGCCAUCGGCGGCUACGACUGGGACGCCAAGGUCAGGGCGGACUACGAGUUCAGGCUCAUCGACUCGGGUAGCGCGCCACCGCCGUCGCCAGUGACACAUCUGUUUACUAACAAGUACAACACAGUCGACCCGGAUGAAGCUCCUGCUAACUAUGGAGCUCCCAGGUUUAUGAAACAGCAGGAGAUAAAACCGUACCUGCGGGACGACUGCCUGGAGAUUGAGUGUGAAGUCCUCGUUAUCAAUGCUAUAACAAAACUUGAGGUGCAGGAGGUGCUGCCCUCGGACCUGCCGAAUCAUCUCGGAAAAUUGCUGGAUGGCAAGAGAGGAGCAGAUGUGACUUUUGAGGUUAAAGGCGAGGUUUUCUCUGCUCACAAGAUUAUGCUCGCCACGCGAUCGCCGGUCUUCGACGCUCAACUCUAUGGACCCCUGAGCGAUGCUGAUGCUACGAGUAAGAACAUAAUCGUCAAAGACAUGGAGCCCCCUGUUUUCAAGGCGUUGCUUCACUUCAUCUACACGGAUUCUCUGCCUGCUAUGGAUGACGUUGAUGAUGGUGAGAGUGAAGACAUGGUUAAGCACUUGCUCGUGGCUGCGGAUAGAUAUGCCAUGGACAGGAUGAAGUUGAUGUGUGAAGAUAUUCUAUGCAAGAGCCUUGAUGUCGAGACUGCGGCGACCACGUUGGCUCUAGCUGAUCAGCAUCACUGCAGCAAGCUGAAAGAUGCUUGUGUUGAAUAUAUCCUCUCUUCAAACAGACUGAAUGCUAUGGUGGCAAGCAAAGGGUACGCACACCUCAAAAGAUCAUGUCCUGCUCUCAUGUUUGAUGUCUUUGAGAGGGCUACCAAGUCUCGGAAAAUUUAA